AUGCGACUCUCGGGCGUGGUGCGUAGCGCCUUCCUCGCCUUGAUCGUCCCUGCCAUCUUUUCGACCAUCUGGCUCUAUCUCUAUCCCGCCUUCCAGAACUGCCACUUUCCGGCUCCUCAAGAACAUGGCAUAGCACCUUUUCGACUCCUCGCACUUGGCGACCCGCAAUUGGAAGGAGACACUUCUCUCCCCGACCCUAACGCGCCUCUGUUCCCCGGCCUCGUAGGUCUGCGCAACCGCUUGUGGACCGAACCACUAGACGUCGCAGCACGAACCUUGCAACGGACCGUCAAGGACAUAAUCACAAGAGAUGUUCCACGAUUGCUGCAGACGCAGAGAAAGAAGCUAGACCUGCUGGGUAAUGAUUACUAUCUCGCACAUAUAUACCGCACCACCAAAUGGUGGACUCAGCCGACCCACGUCUCUGUGCUGGGUGACCUGUUGGGCAGCCAGUGGAUAAGCAACCAUGAGUUCGACCGACGAGCCGACAGGUUCUGGAACAGAGUCUUCGUCGGUGCUCACUUCUGGAAACAUGAGACGCCCGAGGAAGAGCUUGGAGACACACCUGUCUGGGACUUCGUGGACAAUUUGAAUGCCAGCCAGGCGCCAGCUCUGCUCAACGUGGCUGGAAACCACGACAUCGGAUACGCUGGUGAUAUUGAUCAUCACCGUAUCGACCGGUUCGAACGUGCCUUCGGACAAGUCAACUGGCGCAUCAGAAUCCCCUUUUCAAAUCUGUCGUCAAAUCCUACCACCGAGUUGCACCUGGUCAACCUCAAUUCGAUGAACCUGGACAACCCUGCUUGGAACCAAGAUUUGCAUCGCGCAACGCACGACUAUCUGGACAGUGUCAUUGAUGAUACAAACGCACGCAACCCUCAGGAUGCAGUUCUCUUGCUCACACAUGUGCCCUUGUACAAGCCAGCCGGUGUUUGUGUUGAUCCUCCUUUCUUCAGCUAUUUUGAACCACACCAUGGUGGUGGCAUUCGCGAGCAAAAUCAUCUUAGUCGACAGUCAAGCGACAAGAUACUGAACGGUUUGUUCAACCUACCAAACGGGAAUAAGCGCGCGGGCAUUGUGCUCAACGGCCACGACCACGAGGGAUGUGAUACAUGGCAUGAUCGCGCCGAUACCGAAGAGGAACAAUGGAUCUCUACCAAGUUCCCUGCACCUAAUACAACCAUGAACGGUAUCCGAGAGGUCACCGUCCGUAGCAUGAUGGGUGACUACGGCGGAAACGCCGGUCUGCUCUCUGCAUGGUUCGACGCCAAAGAGGGCAUGUGGAAGUUCGAGUAUGCUACUUGUGCAAUUGGGAAACAGCACAUCUGGUGGGCAAUACAUGUCAUUGAUAUUGUUGUUAUCAUACUAGGAACUGCGAGCGGCAUGCUCCAGCUUUUCGAUAUGGCUAAAGCACAAAAGCCUGUCUCGAACACAGAAAAGAAGAAUAAAUGA